AUGGAAUUCGCUUGUAAGGAUUUUAAGGUAGGAAAGUGUGAAGGUGAAAAGCUUGUGGAUGGUGAAACCAUGCCACUAGUACUACAACCUCCGGCAGCCGAGAAAAAUGACACGGACUCGUUAGUCGCGGCGUUGAAGGAGAACAAGGAGUGGUUUGAGGAGAUGAUAAUCAAAAACAGUGCUGUCCUCCUCCGGGGUUUUGAUGUAGGAAAGUGUGAAGGUGAAAAGCUUGUGGAUGGUGAAACCAUGCCACUAGUACUACAACCUCCGGCAGCCGAGAAAAAUGACACCGACUCGUUAGUCGCGGCGUUGAAGGAGAACAAGGAGUGGUUUGAGGAGAUGAUAAUCAAAAACAGUGCUGUCCUCCUUCGGGGUUUUGAUGUGAAGAAUGCAGUGGACUUCAAUGAGAUUGUAGAAGCCUUUGGAUGGGACGAUAUACGGUACGUGGGACCCGCACCUCGAACACACGUGUAUAAAAGAGUAUGGACAGCCAAUGAAGGUCCCCUUUCUGAGUUCAUAUACUACCACCAUGAAAUGGUUCUGAUUAAGGAAUCACCAAAAAAGGUGAUACUUUACUGUGAAAUACCACCACCAGAGGGCGGAGAGACGCCGUUUGUGCCUAGUUUUCGAGUAACACAACGAAUGCUGGAAGAGUUUCCGGAGGUGGUGGAGGAGCUUGACAAGAAAGGACUAAUGUAUUCAUUCACGGCUCUCAGCAAGAACGAUACAUCUUCGAUGAGAGGCCGAGGUUGGGAGGAUACUUUCGCCACCUCAGAUCCUAAAGAAGCAGAGAAAAGGGCUAGUGCUUUGGGGAUGGAUUUGGAAUGGCUACCGAAUGGCGGAGUUAAAGCCGUUUUGGGUCCAAGAACUUUGACAAGGGUGUUCGAUGGGAGAAAGGGAAGGAGAAUGUGGUUCAACACCAUGGUUGGAAUGCACGGAAAGGAGCACAGCUCGGCGACAAUGGCAGAUGGAACAGAAAUACCUAUCAAGUUCGUUAAGAGAGGUGAAGAAAUUAUUGAAGAAGAAAGCAUCCAAUUCAGAUGGCAGAAGGGUGAUGUACUCUUUUUGGAUAACAUGGCUUUGCUUCAUGGAAGAAGACCAUCUCUUCCACCUAGAAAAGUCCUGGUUACUACAUGCAAAUAA